AUGGAUCCAUCUUUUGAAAUAAGAAAGUUGUUGCCGAGUCAACUUAGAGAAUUAGCUUCUAUAUUGGAAACUCAUGAUUUAUGGAAAGAUUUAAUGAGCAUAAUACCGAAAAAAAUGGAUAAGUAUGACUACCAAUGUGAUAUAAGUUCUCACAAUCAUCCUCAAUAUAAUCCUGAAUAUUUUAGAUUGAUUCAAAGCGAAUCUGAACAAUCAAGAAGAACUUGCACAGAAGUUCUUUUUGAAGAAUGGGGCACUUCAGGCAGAAACCGUCCAGCUUUGGGUCACCUAUUAUACCUUUUAAAAAAAGCAAAUUUGUUCAGAGCUGCAGAUUAUGUAGCUGUAAAUCUUUUGCAUCUGGAGAAACCAGAAAGACCUGAUAUCGGUCCAGCAGCUGAAAUUCCUAUUGAUCUUAGUGACGUUAAUAAAACAUCCAAUGGCGAAUUUAAAAAAGAACAACCUGUGACAGUAAAUAAAAAUGUACCGAACCUUUCAAUUUUAAAUUUAGAAUCAAGAAAAGCUUCAACGCAGCUCUCAGAAGAACAAAAUUUAUUAAUUCAAGAUAGUUCUGAAUCAGGUAUGAUUCCAGAUCUUGAAUCGCUACAAAGACAAAGUUGCGCUAUUAUAGAGGAUUCCAGUAAUUUACCCGAUUUGAGUGCACUCCAAAUUAGUAUUCUAAACCUAAAUUUAAGAAGUCUAACACUCAGUAAAGCAUUUCAGGCUCCAUCUGAAAACACGAAAACUCGUUCCUGCUCAUCUCGUUUACCGAUUCUCUCGUUAGAUACCACGUUACCGCAUUUUAGCUAUCAAAUUUUAGAGUUAGCUACAAACAGUUUCAAAGGAAGAUUAUUGGGGAAGGGAGAUUUUGGGUCGGUGUUUUUAGCUACGAAUCUUCUCGGCAAACCUGUGGCUGUCAAAAAGUUGGAUAUCGGAAAUGUGGAUAUUGUUAAAGUUGACGAUGAAGUGACGAAGCAAUUUAGAAACGAAGUUGAAGUAUUGAGCAAAUAUAAACAUGAAAAUUUGUUAUCUCUUUUGGGUUAUUCUUGUGAUGGGUACACCUAUUGUUUACUGUAUGAAUAUAUGCCUGGUGGAACGCUUCGUGAUAGGCUGCAGGAUGUAAACAAUCAACUUUUAUGGAAAGAAAGAUUGAAUGUAGCUGUUGGUACUUCCAAGGCUAUAUGUUAUUUGCAUACUGCAUAUUCUUCUCCUCUAAUUCAUAGGGAUAUCAACUCUGCAAACAUUCUUUUAGACUCUAACAAUCAGCCAAAGCUAGGCGAUUUUGGUUUAAUAAAACUCAUUCCUAACCAAGACAUCAACACAGCCACAACCGUUUUUGGAACGUCAGCUUACAUGCCCAGAGAAGCGUUUGGAGGCGAUAUAUCCGUUAAAUUUGAUACGUUUAGUUUUGGGGUUGUCCUGUUGGAAUUGUUGACAUCUUUACCUCCCAUUGACAGUAAAAGAGAUGGGGUAGAUUUGGUGACGCAUAUAGGAGAAACUAUCGAAAAUGAUGAAAUAGCCUCGAUCGUUGAUUAUAAAGCCGGUUCUUGGAUAGAAAACGCCAUUAGUUAUGCCGAAAAAUUGUAUACAAUAGCACAAAGUUGCUUGAAAGAGAAGAAAAAGAGACCAACCAUGAUGGAAGUCAAAAUGGUACUAGAACGGAUGUUUGGAGAAUUACAAUGA